UAAACUUGAGCCAUAGCUAUUUGCGCACACACUUAGUCGCACGACCGUCCUCGCAGCCAAAAGUUCAGCCAGAAAUGCUGGCCAAAGUGCUAACUAUCUUGGCCAUCGCGGCUUCAGCAGGAGCUGCUGACGACUUUGAUCCCUUCAUAGAUAUACCCUUCAAGCGGCUCAAGACUUCGGCGGAGCGCAUUGCGGAGCACGGCUACCCGGCCGAAUCGCAUUUUGUGGAGACCCCGGACGGCUAUGUGCUGAAUGUGUUCCGCAUUCCCCACUCCCCCAACGAGGGGGAGUCGGAGGCACCGCGCCCGGUGGUGCUCAUCAUGCACGGGCUGUUCAGCUGCUCGGAUUGCUUCCUGCUCAAUGGGCCGGAGGAUGCGCUGCCGUACAACUACGCAGAUGCCGGCUACGAUGUCUGGCUGGGCAACGCCCGUGGCAACAUCUAUUCGAGGAACAACACUCGGCUGGACGUGAAGCAUCCGUACUUCUGGAAGUUCAGCUGGCACGAGAUUGGCUCCAUCGAUUUGCCCGCCACGAUUGACUACAUCCUGGCUGAGACGGGUCAGCAGUCGCUGCACUACGUCGGCCACUCCCAGGGAUGCACUUCCUUCUUCGUAAUGGGCUCCUACCGGCCGGAGUACAACGCCAAGAUCAAGACGGCGCACAUGCUCGCUCCGCCCGUCUACAUGGGCAACACCACGGAGGGUCUCAUCGUGAGCACAGCUCCGCUGUUUGGUCACCAUGGCAUUGGCUCCACGCUGCUGGAAAACCAGGUUUUGUUGCCCCAGAACGCGUUCAUCCAGCGAAUACUGGACACCACCUGCAGCAAUCAGCCGAUCAUGCUUAGCUACUGCAAAACCUUGGCCAUCCUCUGGGGAGGUCCCGAAAUCGGCAACCUUAACCAGACUCUGCUCCCGCAAAUUGCCGAAACCCAUCCUGCUGGAGUCUCCUCAAACCAGGCCAUUCACUACAUACAGUCCUUCGCCUCCAACGAUUUCCGUUUGUACGAUUGGGGCACCAAGAGAAACCUGGAAUACUACGGCGUGCCAGAGCCUCCAGCAUAUGAUCUCACCAAGAUCACCUCCGAGCUGUACUUGUACUAUGGCUUGGCGGAUGGAUCGGCGAAUAAGCAGGACAUCUCCCGACUGCCCGAUCUUCUGCCCAAUUUGGCACUGCUUCACGAGGUGCCCGAUCCCACAUGGGGUCACUUGGACUUUAUCUUCGCCACGGACGUCAAGAGGGUAAUAAACGAUUUGGUUUUGGAUUACAGUAAGGCCUACGAUGCGGGGGAAACUAACAAUGAGAAUUGAGUUACCAUUUAUGACCAUAUGAUAAGAGCAAAAUAAAUAUUUGUUCCAAAUUAAGGAUUAGUGAACUUGUGAGAAACUUUUGGCCAGAAUGACAAACGCGCAGAGCUAAUUACCAGUUAACAAGUGUCUGCUGGUCUGGUUGUCUCGUUUUUAGCCCCCGUCUGGCUGCUUCUCUUAACUUGGCUGUGGUCACGCCUCUGCGAUGUACAACUUUUUCCCUCCGGCUUGUUGACAAACAUUAUCGCUGGCUGGAUAUCGUGGCUAGCUGGUUCCAUCUCCACUUACGUAACCCUUUCCGACUCAUCCCCAAAUGGCCGUAAUUAGCACUGGGGUCUGUGGGAGUCGAGGCGAAUGGCAACCUUCUAUGUGCUACCGCACUUAUCUGGUGACGAACCAUUUUAGCCAAAUUAAAAUCCUGGCCAAAAUGAAAGUGGCUCUAUAAAAAUACCACAAAAUUCCAGAGUAGGAUUAUAGCAAGCUACGGUCACACAUGAUUUGCAGACUUCCGUUCUCUUUUUGUGAAGGCGUGAUCGAGUGCAGUUCAAUAUUGUGCAAAAUCCAUAUUUAAAAAUCCACGAGCAUCGUGUGGUUCGGAUUAUAGUUUUUCAAGGCAAAUACUGCCGAGUGAUAGUUUACCUUUAACUGCGUCGCUGCCGGUCCCACGUUUGGAGAUAGAAGUUUUAGUGGCUGCGUCGCCAAGGCGGUUAGUAUUGUUUUUCGCUAAACUUUUGACCACGCGUGAAAUUUACUGUGGCUUCAUUGAUCGCAGAUAGAUUUACAACUGCUGGCAUCAGGAGCACCCACCGUGUGCAGUGGAAGGCUGGGCUUGACCUCUUCUGCUGCCGACAGAUUGCAGGUCAACCCACCCCAGAGUUGCCGUUCUUUUUUUCUUCAUCGCCGCACGCAAGAAGCAGAUCGCCGUGCAUCCAUUUAAUGCACAAAUCAGCUUGGUGUCUUCUUCAACCCUGCGCAUUCCAAUAAUAUUUGGGCACAACACGAGCCCCAGGCUGCUGGCCUUGUCGCUGCGUAUGCUGCGAACCCGAAGCAGCCGCAACACGAAUGAUCGUGUUCAGUAUUAAGUAUAUUUAGAAUAGUUUUUAUAUUUGAGUUAAUUUUACAUAAGAAUAUUUACUUAUAAAUUUCUAUAAUUCUAAUUUAGCUUAACUUGUGGGAGAUCUGACAAGUUUAUAUAUGUGAUUCUCCCGAUUUAUAGUAAUACCUACAGCAAGUCAUCAAACGUCAUCAGGCCUGCUGACAUCGAUGGAAAGUGCGUGAGUACAAAACAAAAUAAUAAAAACACACAAACAUAUAUAUAUAAAAGUCAGAUAUUCCUAAAUAGUACUCUUAAAAUAUCCUGCCUUAAUUAAUCCUGAUUUAAAGAAGUUUAUAGUUUAAAUAUUCAUUAAUCAUAAAUAAUUCUAAUGUAAAAUAAGUCGAAGGAACAAAAGAAUAAUGUAAGCUUGUAUACCAGUAUUUGAAUUUCUACCUUAAUUACUUUUCUUCAUUUUGUCGUUGAUAAUCAAAAUUAAUCAAUAAGAGAUUUUCUUAACAUAAAUAACGUAAAUUUUAGUUUAAGGAUUAGGUUUAGGAAAAUGUAUCUGAAUCUUAUAUUUAUCUUUAAUUAUAUGGGGUCCAAAAUGAAUUAAUUUGACUUCUUGUUGGGCACCAAAGGGUAUGUAGAGCAGUGGUUGUACCAGGGUGGAGUCCGAAUGGAUUCCACAGGUAGGGUGGGUAAUGAAUAAGGCCAAUAACAUCUGGGCCUCGUCUUCAAUAGGUACACUUUAUUGUCCGCCUCGUAACCGUUUGGUUAACGUUUUUGAAUCUACCGUAUCUCUGUCUACACUAUUGUAGCUGUAACACUCUUGUUCAUCGCAACACAAAAACCCACGCCCAUUUUCCCUGAGCAUGCCGGUAAAAAUUGUAGACAGAGUGUGUUGGGGUGGACAACGCUCUAUGAGUGUGUUCGUUACAGUUAUAAUUGGCGCCCAAACGUGGGGCAGCCCGAUGCCUGAUUAGGCACUUGUCGUUUGACAACCGAGCUUCCCGUUAAUAAACAAUCCAUCCACUUUUAGUUUCAGUUAGGUAUUUCAUAUUCCGUCCUGGAAUUUAUGGUCUCUGGAGAGUUCCGGAGCCAUACCGGAGGAAAUGUUAUGCUUUUAUGUGUUUUUUUCUAUCAGUUCGGUAAUAACCGAACAGUAUUGUUAAAAAACAACAUUCUAAUUUGAGUAAUUGAUUCUUAGGAAUUAUAGUUCUGAUUUAAAGUCGGUUCUAUACCAGGAUUUCACUAUUCAAAAAUUACCUCCUUAUCAUUUAGGAUCGAGAUUUUUCUAGCUGGAUAGAUUCGGCUAGUUACUCUUCUAAGUGGUAAGAGUUCAUAAAUAAAUAAAUGACAUUUAUUUUACAACUCUGUAUGCACACCCUGUUAGCUUUUCGUACCUAUUGAAUUAUACAACCUACUGCUUUACUACUCAGGGUAAGACCCGCAGGUAUUAUUUUUGCUUAGCGUUGAUCGUUGGAUCUUAGCGCGUACUCAUUAUCUUUUUUUCGCUUAUCUUUGAUCGUUGGAUCUUACCGUUUUUGCCUACUAUUGAUCGUUUGAUCUUAUCGCUCAUUUUUCUUGUUCUAACGAAAGGAAUUGUUAGACUUUAUAUAUUCUUCUAGAAGCUUCGAAAAUGAUGAUGCGAAGUAAUGAAAAUUUAGUUGAUGUAGAUACGGAUGCGUCGGUGACAUGCAUCAUCUGCAACGGGCCAGUACGUAAUCUGGAUUUGGUUGAAACCCGUUGUAAACAUUCCUUUCACAAACAUUGCCUUGACAACUACCUCAAAAACCAUGACAAAUGCCCCAUAUGUGGCCAGCCAUGUUCUCAAUCCGAGUUAGGAUCUCAUUUGCCUUUGUCGACUAAAUCUCAAGGUAACAGAAUGAUGACCCGUUCAGGUUCUCGGAAUACAGCCAAACAACAUGAGAAGUCUGAUCCAAAUUCCCAACAGGAAAUUUGUAGCGAUAGUUCAGAUUCCAGAGUUGUGACAGAAGACCGUGUUCAGCAAAUAGUCCAAAGUUCAAUGCAGGCCUUUCAAGCAAGCAUGCUACAAUCAGUGACAGAACAAAUCACUAUGGCGUUCACGCAAUUGAAUAAAUCCACAUUUAUAAAUAAUGGACAGAGUGAGCUGCAGCAAGACAUACAAAAUAAUUUCGGUCGAGACGUUCCCGAAAUAAACUCAGGAAGAAAUAACGAUUCACAUGUUAGGACUUCACCAGACUUUCGUAGCGAUCGAAGUGAUCUUUCUUUGGAUAGACCUGAUAGGAUUUCCAAUAUUAUAACAAAUUGGCGUAUAAAAUUCAGUGGUUCAGCCAACGACAUUGCCAUUGAGGAUUUUAUUUACCGCGUAAAUUGUCUCACUUCGCAAAGCCUGAACGGAAACUUCGAACUUCUUUCCCAUUUCGCUAAUUUACUGUUUGCAGGACCGGCCUUAGCAUUUUAUUGGCGUGUUCACAGAUCGGUGGAUAACAUGAAUUGGAACGUGUUAUGCAGGCGUUUAAAGGAGAGAUAUCAAGAUCAGAGAUCUGAUCGUGAAAUUAAAAUUGCUAUGCGUCGCCGCAAACAGGGUAGCACCGAAAAUUUUGAUGAUUUUUUGGAGGCAAUGCUUUCCAUUGCAGAUUCCCUUCGUGAACCAAUGCAGGACAGUGAGAUUACUGUAGAAGUUCGUCAUAAUCUCAAACCGGAGAUCAAGCACGAAUUACUGCACAUAGACACCCCAAACUUAGCAACAUUGCGCAAAGAAUGUCAUCGUCACGAAGAUUUCUUUCGAAGCACCCGGACAAAGCCAAUCCAACGUCCGAACACAAGCAAGCGUUUUGUUAACGCAAUUCUGCAGGAAGAUGAUUCCGAAGAUCAGUCUGAGGAAGAACAGGAUGUUGAGGACGAGAUUUGUGUCGUUAGGACUCCUGAGAAAAUUAAGUGCUGGAACUGCGAUGAAUCAGGUCACGGUUACCAGAAUUGCCUCAAGACACGCCGUAUUUUUUGUUAUGGUUGCGGAACACCGGAGGUGUAUAAACCCAACUGCGCAAAAUGUAAAUCGGCAUCGGAAAACUCUCAGCAGGGCAUUCGUUAUGCGAACAAAACGAGUGUCCGCCGUUAGCCUCGAAAAUACAAACUGAACCAAAUUCUGUGGCAAAGGAUGUUCAUUCCAUUCUGCCUUCAACUCAACCUGACGUAACAUUAUCCCAAACUUUUAAUCCAUAUCAUUUGCAAGUGUUGGAGAAUGCAAAUCGUAAAUUGCAAAUAAUUAGGGAAAAUUCACUUCACCAUCGAAAACACCGAUCAUCACGGCGAAUUCGUAAGUUUUGGAUUCGUAAACGAUCAUUCAACCGUUUUACGAUUUCAUCAAUUGUUCAAAAUAAGAACGAUAUUCGACCCUUCACACACAUUGACAUAUUUGGUCAAUCGCAUUUAGCUCUCCUAGACAGUGGUGCCAACAAAAGUGUUAUAGGUGGUGAGCUAGCACAACAAUUAAUAUCAAGCAAGACAUUUAAUAAAUUUAAAUCGGUUGUGCGAACUGCUGAUGGCCAAAAGCAAAAUGUUACAGGCACUAUACAAAUUCCCUUGACUUACAACUCAGUUGAUAGUAACUUCGAAUUCUUAAUAGUUCCUUCCAUAAAGCAAAGCGUAAUAUGCGGAAUGGAUUUCUGGUAUACGUUUGGAAUUUCUAUUAAACAAAUAGUUUCGAUCAACGAAAUCAACUUUGAACCCGAAGAAGACUCUACUCGCGUACGUUUGUCUGAUUCACAAAAAUUAAAGUUGCAGAAAGUAAUAGACUUUUUCCCAUCGUUCGAGAACGAGGGCUUAGGAUUGACUAACCUGAUAGAGCACAAUAUCGAUA